GAAUUCCUAGUACUAGUGCAGAAGAUGCUGCAGUAGCCAAGAAUCUGGGCAUUUCUUUCACUGAGGUCAUUGAGACCUUGCCAAAUGGUUUGGAGAAAGUCAUUAAUUCUGCAGAGAUCACGGGCAUGACUCGGCAGGAGGCUUUAAAAGCUGUUACCCAGCAAGCCAAGAGGAGGGGGCUGGGUGGUGACCUGACGAGUGACAAGCUGCGGGACUGGCUGAUCUCCCGGCAGCGGUACUGGGGAACGCCCAUCCCCGUGGUUCACUGCCCGGCCUGCGGCACCCUCCCCGUGCCCUACCGAGACUUACCCGUGCUGCUGCCCAGCGUGGCCACCUUCACGGGCAAGGGAGCCUCACCCUUGGAGUCAGCUCCAGAGUGGGUGAACUGUGCCUGUCCCAGGUGCAAGGCAGCAGCGCGGCGAGAAGUCGAUACCAUGGAUACCUUUGUUGAUUCUGCCUGGUACUACCUGAGGUACACUGACCCUCACAACACAGACAGGCCCUUUAACAGUGACUUGGCAGACUACUGGAUGCCUGUGGACUUGUACAUUGGGGGAAAGGAGCAUGCUGUGAUGCACCUAUUCUAUGCAAGGUUUUUCAGCCACUUUUGCCAUGAUCUGAAGAUGACAAAACACAAGGAGCCUUUCCAUAAGCUCUUGGUUCAAGGCCUUAUCAAGAAUCAGACAUUCAGACUAGCAUCAACAGGCCAGUGUUUGAAGAGAGAGGAGGUUGAUCUCACUGGAACUGAACCAGUUCACCUGAAAACUGGUGAGAAGCUCCAAGUUACUUGGGAAAAAAUGAGCAAAUCUAAGCACAAUGGGAUAGAGCCUGAGGAGCUGGUGAAGGAGUAUGGCAUCGACACCCUGCGCCUCUACCUGCUCUUCGCUGCCCCUCCAGAGCAAGACAUUUUGUGGGAUACUAAGACUGACGCCAUGCCGGGGGUGCAGCGGUGGCAGACGCGCCUCUGGGCACUCGUAACCAAACUGCUCGAGGAGAGGACUUCAGGAACCCUGCCCAGCCCCGAGCUGCUCAGUAAGAAGGAGAAGGCUGAAGCCAGAAAGAUCUGGGAGCAGAAGAAUCUGGUCAUUUCUGAGGUGACAGAGUACUUCACAAAGGAUCAUUUGUUCAACGCAGCCAUUUCCAGACUGAUGAGCCUCACUAACGUGCUCCACCAAGCUUCUCGGCCCCUCAUUCUCCACAGCAGAGAGUUUGAAGAUGCUUUGGCUGCACUCUGCAUUAUGGUGGCACCUAUGGCUCCACACAUUGCCUCAGAGAUGUGGAAAGGUUUGGCACACGUGCAGAAUAAACUUUGUCCUCAUCACCACUGGGAUGUUGAUGUGCUGCAGCAGUCCUGGCCCAAAGUAGACCCUGAGUACCUUCAGCCAGCAGAGGUGGUGGAGAUGUCUGUUCUGAUCAAUAACAAGGCCUGUGGCAAGGUCCCCGUGCCCCAGCGGGCAGCACGCAAUUUUGAAGAAGUCCACGAGCUGGUUCUUCAGAGUGAGCUGGGAGUCAAGCACCUCCAGGGGAGAACCAUUAAAAAGGCUUUUCUGUCCCCACGAACCGCCCUCAUCAACUUCUUGGUGCAGGAGUAG